AUGAAAUUCGGCCACUUCACAGCCAACCAAGCGAUUCUGGAAGCUGUAUUGGACAAUCGAAACAUCCAUGUCAUCGAUUUCGACAUCAACGAAGGUCUCCAGUGGCCCCCACUAAUGGCAGAUUUAGCAGCAGGAGGAAGCUCCCCUGCCUCCCUGAGACUCACGGCAUUGACGUUGAAGAACCACAAUGCGUCUAAUUUUGCGAUGGUGAAUCAAACGGGAAGGCUUCUGAGGGAGUACGCCGACUCGAUCAACUUAUCAUUCGAAUUCGAGGCGGUGGAGAUGGCGAACGAGGACGAUUUCGAUGCCAUUCGAGUCGAUGAGAGCAGAGUACUCGUAGCGAACUGCAUGAUCCACCAGCUCCAUACUCUAAACAGAAGCUUCCCAUUGCUGAAAACUUUCCUCUCCGGGGUAACGAAUCGACUUUCGCCAAAACUAGUGGUGUUGGUGGAGGAAGAGGUGUACAACUUCGAGAAAAUCCCAUCAAUGUCGUUCGUGGAGUUCUUCUGUGAGGCUAUCCACCAUUACACUGCGCUAUCUGAGGCGUUGUCCGCGGAUGGGAUCGGUGGGAUGGGGUUGGAGAUGAUGGAGAAGGAAGUUUUGGGAGUGAGGAUAGUGAAUAGCUUGAGGGAGUUUCCUUGUGGGGCAAGUGAGAAGUUGGAGUGGGGGGAUGGGUUUGAGUCUUUGCAAAGACUGUUCAAGGCAAGAGCUUUUAGUCACUAUAAUGUGUCUCAAGCUAACUACUUGGUUAGCUUGUUUAGUGGUGGCUAUUGGGUUCAACAUGAGAGAAAUCGUUUGGCAUUGUGUUGGAAGUCUAGACCUUUGGUGACGGCUUCGAUUUGGUUGCCAAAGUGUGGAAGGAAGAGAAAGAAGUAG